AUGGCAGCUAAUCAAGCAAACAGUCAUCCAUGGUUCGAAGUUUGUCAUCCACGUCCGGCAGCUAAAUACCAAGUAUUUAUAUUUCCAUCAGCUGGUCAAGCAGGUCAUUAUUAUCGUGAAUGGGAUAAAAAUUUUCCUGAAUAUGAAUUUUCAAUAGUAAUUUAUCCUGGACGAGGAUCACGAUUUGGUGAUAAAUUAUUAACUGAAAUGAAAGAUUAUAUUACUGAAUUAGAUAAAGGACUUUUACCAUUUAUUAAAAAACCAUGUAUUUUUAUUGGACAUAGUCUUGGAACUGCUGUUAGUUUUGCAUUAGCUAAACAUAUGGUUGAUAAAAAGAAUAAAAAUAAUUUUCUUAAAUUAUUGCUCGAAAUGGGACGAGGACCACCACAUUUAAUAGAUCCGGAUGAACCGUUCGAACACAUGAACGACAAAGAACUUACUACAGAAUUAAAAAGGUUGGCUGAUCCAAGUCAAAGAGAAAUAUAUGAUUAUCCUGAUUUUAUGGCAAUGAUUUUACCUAUGUUUAGAGCUGAUUCACGGGUUGCAGGUCAAUUAUUAGAGCAAACUCCAUUGGAUAUUCCAAUAAUUUGUUAUGGAGGAGACAAAGAAGAAAAGGUUGAUGAAGCUUUUAUAAAUCGAUGGAAAGAAUUAACAACAAAACAUGAUUUAUUUCGUGUUAGAAUGUUUCAUGGACAUCAUCAUUUUCAAUCAGAAUGUGAAGCACAAGUUUUACAAGCUCUUCAAGAAGAUUUUCGUAAAAUUAACAGUUUAUAA